AUGUACUUCUCACAGCAAAUCGCUUUCGUCGCUGCUCUUGCAGCUUGCGCUUCAGCCCAUGGUGUCGUGACAGAAAUCACCGGUGCCAAUGGCGUCAGCAUGCCCGGUCUGACCAUCCAGGAUGGAACUCCUCGUGACUGCUCUUCCAACGGCUGCGGCUCCCAGGCAGACACUGCCAUCAUCCGCGACCGCGACAUCGCCAGCGGAAAAGCCACUCCUCUCGGUCGCACUCAGGGGCAAUGGGGCGCUGCACCACCCGCCAACCAGGGUGCAUCUGGCAGUGUCGGUGUUGAGGACAACAUCCAACAGGCGCAGAAGAAGCGUCAGUUCCUCGCCGGUCUCCUCGGUGGCGGUGCUGGUGGUGCCGGUGGAAAGGGCGGCAACGCUGGAGCAACUGGUAUCGCAGGUCUCUUGGGCGGUGGUGGUGCUAAGAGCAACGGCCCCCCUGAGGCUCGCGUCGCAGCUGCUACUGGUGCAGGUUCAAGCUCAGGUCUUCCUACAUGUGCCGACGAUGGCACUGUCACCAUGACUCUUCGCCAGAUCAACCAGGACGGCGCUGGCCCCUUCACAGCUGAUUGUGACGGUACCUCCGGAGGAACUGACGAGGCUGCUAUGCAAAAGGCCACUGUCACCCAGGACGUCCCUGGCCUUGGUGUCCAGGGUAUCUCGCUCGCCACCAACACCGAGUUCCAGAUGAAGGUUCAGAUGCCCGCUGGCAUGACUUGCGAUGCUACCGUUGCCGGAACCCCCAAUGUCUGCGUCAUGCGCGUCCGCAAUGGUGCUGCUGCCGGUCCCUUUGGUGGAUCUGUUGCCUUCACCCAGUCGACUGCUGCCAGGAAGCGAUCCAUUGCCUACAGGCUCAAGAAGCGCAUGGAGUUCAACAACCGCAACUAA